AUGGCAAUGGCGACUCACUUCAACUUCCAGACUAACUUUCUCCCAUCUUCCCCUUCUCCCACUCGCUGCCUUUCUGUACUCUCUCCAUCUCCUCAAAUCUCCUCCAAAACCAAGUUACUACCCUCCACAACAUUCUUGAAAGGAGAAUCCAGAAAACAAUUGCUCAAAUUUAACCAUGUUGUAACAACAACAUCAACCACUAAACACCGCGUUGUUCGCAUGUCGUGGGACGGUCCUCUCUCUUCCGUCAAAUUAAUCAUCCAGGGUAAAAACAUGGAGCUUAAUGAUGCGGUGAAGCAGCACAUCGAGGACAAAGUGGGGAGAGCAGUUCAGAAGCAUAGCUACGUUGUAAGGGAAGUUGAUGUCAGGCUAUCUAUCCGCGGAGGAGGAGAAUUUGGCCGAGGGCCCAGGACGCGAAGAUGUGAGGUGACUUUGUUUACUAAGAGGCACGGGGUUGUGCGGGCUGAGGAACACGCUGAAACUACCUAUGGGAGUAUAGACUUGGUGUCCUCGAUCAUUCAGAGAAAGUUGAGAAAGAUCAAGGAAAAAGAAACCGAUCAUGGUCGACACAUGAAGGGAUCCAAUAGGUUGAAAUAUAGGGAGCCCAUAAUUCCAUUACCGUCAGAGGAUGAAGAGGAUGAAGUUGAAAUUUCCCCUCAGAAGGAGGAGGAAGAACAACUUAUUCAAGAGGUUGUUAGAACAAAAUACUUUGACAUGCCUCCCUUAACCGUGUUUGAAGCAAUUGACCAGUUGGAAAAUGUUCAUCAUGACUUCUAUGCUUUUCGAAAUGAAGAAACUGGGGAGAUUAAUAUUAUAUACAAAAGAAAAGAAGGGGGUUAUGGGCUCAUUAUACCCAAAGGAGAUGAUGAAGCAGAUAAAUUGGAGCCUAUAGUGCUUGAACCAGCUAAAGAACCCUUUGUGCAAGAUUGA